AUGGCCAUCCUGACAUUCACCCUCAGCGAGGAGGGCGUAACGGCGUUUCGCGACGCCCUCAAUUGCUUAAGCAAGUUUAGCGAAGAUGUAUCCAUCGAAGCGCGAAAAGAUUCGUUCUUCCUAUCUACAAUGAACACAUCAAAGUCAGCCUACGCGAGCUUCCGGUUUGCGACCAACCGGUUUUUUGGGCGCUAUCAGUACCAAGCCACAGGACAGUUUCAAGACAAGUUCUACUGCUCCAUGUACAUAAGAGGCUUAAUCUCUCUCUUCCGCAGCAGAUCUGGAGUGGAGUCUCGGGGAGAUGUAGACAAACAAACCAUCAUAGAUCGGUGCGACAUCGCCAUUGAAGAUGGAGAAGGCGUCAAAAGCCGUUUUAUUGCCCGCAUAAUUUUUAGGAAUGGACUGACAGCUACCCAUCGACUCCCGUUUGAAGUCAGCAUGCCGGUGCACGCCAAAUUCAACAGGCAGGAAGCCCUAUAUCACUGGAGUAUCUCAUCAAGAACAUUGAAGCAGCUGGUGGAUCACUUUGGGCCUGGAACAGAGUAUCUCGAGGUCAACACCGAUGGCGACCAUGUUAACUUCACUUGCUUUAGCGAGAAGACUAUUAGCGACGAUGCGGUUCUUAAGAAACCUCUGCAUACCUCGAUUUCUGUUGAAACAGACGAAUUCGACGACAUUGACGUAGAGGACAAGCUCCAAAUCGUCGUCUCCAUCAAGGACAUUCGAGCAAUUACUCAGCACGCAGCCAUUACUGGCAACGCCAUUGCCGCACGAUAUUCCCUUCCUGCACGACCAAUGCAAUUAUCGUACGCCAGCGACGCCAUCUCUUGCGAAUUCCUCAUCAUGACAGUAGGUGAGCGAGGAGGCAAUCCUGCGCAAAGGACCAAAAAGGCCCGUAAGGGCGCCUCAAGUAGCAACAACCAUAUCCCGCCACAUCUAGAAGCCACUUCACGCCGCACAAGCGCAGCACCUUCGCAAACCUCGGCUGAAAUUCAGCGACAACAAUCCGAAAUGCCACCACCGGCAUCAUCACGGCAGCCAUCGAACCCAACCCCUCGGUUGAGUGCUGCUAAAGCGAGCGCCUCACGCAUUGGCGCUUUUGAUUUCCGACCUUCACAGAGACCACCGCCGCCUACACUGAGAUCUGAAAGCCUCUUUGUCGACGAUGAGGCGUGGGAGCCCGUUAGGGACGAGGAUGAGGACGGUGAUGAAAAUGCAAGAUUGGAAUGGGAUCAUAGUGCUGACCCUGUAAGUGACCUGGUGAAUUGCUGGUAA